GAGGGAGACGCCAUUGCGGGCUUGUUUGCGCGGCGGCGGCAGGUCGCGGCGGAGCUCGCGGGACGGGGCCGGCGGCGGGCGGAGGAACAUGUCCACCCCGGCCAGGCGGCGCCUCAUGAGGGACUUCAAGAGAUUGCAAGAAGACCCUCCUGUGGGUGUCAGUGGUGCACCAUCUGAGAAUAACAUAAUGCAGUGGAAUGCAGUUAUAUUUGGGCCGGAAGGUACCCCAUUUGAGGAUGGGACCUUUAAACUAGUAAUAGAAUUUUCAGAAGAAUAUCCAAAUAAGCCUCCAACUGUUAGGUUUUUAUCAAAAAUGUUUCAUCCAAAUGUUUAUGCGGAUGGUAGCAUAUGUUUAGAUAUUCUUCAGAAUCGCUGGAGUCCAACAUACGAUGUUUCAUCUAUUUUAACUUCAAUUCAGUCUCUGCUUGAUGAACCUAAUCCAAACAGUCCUGCAAACAGUCAGGCAGCACAACUUUAUCAGGAAAACAAACGCGAAUAUGAAAAAAGAGUUUCGGCUAUUGUUGAACAAAGCUGGAAUGAUUCCUAAUAGAUGGCUACUUUGUUAAUCUUCAUCCUCAUAAUCAUUGUGUACAAUUUAACUCUGAAUAGAAAGGCUACCAGAAAUUAAGUGCCACAAGUUCUAAGAAUUUGCAUACAAAUUGUUUGCAAAAAAUUAAGCCCUCCAGUUUAGAAACUUUAAAAGCUUGUGUAUCUUGAUUAACAUACUUUUUAUUGCAUGGUAUGAACUAAGUUAUUGCUACAUAAAUUUGUAAUAUAUCCUGUUUGUAUUUUUUUCCAAGUGUAUAAUGUUGGUGUGCAGUUUUCAUGACAGAAUAUACGCAUUUUGUAAAUCUGUACUUUUUCAAAUAUUGAAUGCCUUAUUUUUGAAUUCUUUAGAUUUUUAAAGUGGAGAAAAGCACUUAAAGUUUUUAUAUAUAAAUAUUACAUGUAAAACUGUUAAAUACAUAACCUCAGUGCAAGAUGUUCUGUCACUUUCUGUAUCUCUUUCAAAGGUUCAGUUUUAGCCUUAGAUUUUUCUUUCAAUACAUGCUGACACCAUGCACUUUACAAAUGUUCAGAAGAUUUUUGCCAUGAUGCUUAACAUUUGUCUUCAGUGGAGACAUGCCUAUCUAAUCGGCUUAAAUUGUUCCUGUAAAUCUCCUCACUUGUAUGAGGUAAGAAAGUAUUUAUCAUCCCCUAUUUUGAUGGGGAAACCAAAGCGCAGAUACAAUAAUGUGCCAGUAGUUACUGUAAAUUGGUAACAGAGGUACAAACAGCACUUGGAUCACUUGGCGCUAUCUUUCUCUUGCCAGUGAGAGGUUUAUUAGACUAAGACAUUGAUAAUUUGUCAUUUUCAGGGAAGGUAUUAAUUAUUUAAUAAGUUGAUUAUACAACAAGUAAACAUACCUAUAGUGCGAUUUCUGAGUGACCUCUCAUAUUUCAUAUUUUUCUGGUGAAUUUAUAAAUGAAAUUUUAGGCAGAGUAAAACAUAAUAGGGUAUUUUUAUCACAAUCCUUCUUCCAUAGGGAUUGAAAAGCAUUACCUAAUCUUUAUGUACCACUGAUUGUUAUCAUUUUUU